CGACCAGACUGAGAUUUUCCGAAUUACACAACUAUGCGCUGGAUGCUUCAAGGAGCACACGCUGGAGGCGCUAGAAGUGUGUAAUUCUAGCCUCAGUAGUACGUUAGAUACGCGAACCGAGGUGUAAUUCUGAAUAAUUGGUAUUAUCACAUACGAGCAGAGAUACACAACACCCGAUCAAAGCGAUCCCAAUUCUGAACGCCUGAGAGAUGUAUUGCAUUGAAGUAUCAAAAGUGUUUCCACCAUUCUGCUCUGCUUGGUUCAGAGAUAAGGAAAUUCGUGUUUUGAAUUCUGACCCUGUGCUGUGAAUGGCCCAAGUGUUUGCAAUUUCAGCUACACCAGAGACACACUCUGCCUAUAUUCAAGUGUUAAUAAUUUGUGGACCAUCCUCGGAAAACUUAGGGAUUCGAGCUCCAAAGUAUUUCCAACUCUAGUGAUUUUCAAUUACAGCAUUCUGAUCUGAAUGCUUCAGACGUUCGUGUUGGAACAUCCAAAUUCCAAUAGUUUAAAUGUUGUUUUCAAAUUCCAGUAAUAUCAAAGAUUCCUACAUGUUCUGAACGCUUCAGAGAUACGUAUUAAAGAACCAAAGCGUUUUCAGCUUUGGCUGUUCUGAUCGGGGUGCGUUCAGAGAUGCACGUUGCAGAACUGAAGUGAUGCCAAUUGUAUUAUUUUGCUGUGGAUGCUUCAGAGAAGUGGAAACGACUGCUUUCAAUUAUAGCAUUCUGCUCUGGACGCUGCAGAUACUCGGGUUGAAGCAUUCGAUAGUUAAAAUUCAAGCUAUUCCUCAAAAGCUUCAGAGAAUCAACCAAGUGUUUUCAAUACCAGCGACAUCAGAGAUACGACCAACAAGAUUUACGGUAUUCUAAUUCUAGCCUCAUGAUCUCAAUACCUCAGAGGUAUGUAUUAAAGAACCAAAGUGAUCUCAGUUCUAUCAUUCUACUACAGAUGUUAGAGCUGCAGCAUUUAAUCGUACACAAAUUGAUCAACACUUUGAAUGCUUCAAAGAAGUGAAUUCUAGUAACAUGACAGACACACGCUACAAAAUCCAAGAAUUCCCAAUGCUUGGAUCAUGUUCGGGACGCUUCCGAGAUACUUCAAUUUGAAGAACCAAAGUGUAUUCAAUUUCUCAGUUUUCACCAAACAAGCUUAUGACAUACGCGUUUGAGGAUCAAAGUGUUUUCAAUUCGGACACAAAAACUUUGAAUGCUUUAGAGAUAUUGACUUGAGGCACCUAAAAAUGCAACAUUUCAGCAUUAUACUCUGGAAGCUUCUGGAGAUCACUUAGUGCCUUAGUGCCUAGAACUGACAAAGAGAGAGAGAGAAAUGUAAUACCGCAACGUUCAAACUAUUCUUACGAUUGUUGCAUCUCUCGCUCCCUCUCUCUAGGACAGCAAACGCCUCAAACUUGGCACAAUGUGCUGUGUCAUCGCUCCGCGCAAAGUAACCGAGGUUCAAACAUCGCCAUAACAACAUCAAUAAACAAACCAUCCUUCCAUCACCAAUGCUCCCAGGCGUCCUCCGUGCGCCCACUUGGAGGACACGGAACCAUGACCAACAGCGAACAACAGCAACAACAACAACGGCAGAAUCCUCCCCCUAUAAUCAACAAACAAAAAAAAAAAUCAAUCGAAUGGUCACGGUGAGUUGGCACCAGUCGCGCCAGGCAAUGGCCAAUUCGCGGGAUGUUUCGUGCAAAGUUUCGGUGCCCUAAGUCCGUCCGUGCGUCCGCGUACCCGUUUUGAGCUGUGGUACGUGUUGCAGUGGAUUGGAGGUCUCUUCCCGCUUCAUCUACCCACCGGCACUGGUCUGCCCGUUGCAAUCCGACACCGAAGUUUGCGCGCUUUCCGACGCUCGCAACGCCGAAAAGGACAAUCCGGCUCGAAGGACCAAACACAGCUCGAACGUGCAGAAGCCGUUUGGCUAUAAACAACUACAAAAAACACACACACCACGUUGCUAGCUAACGCAGCGACAACUCGGACCCGAAUAUUACCGAACGAACGCCAAACGCCCAACAAAAAAAAAAAAAACAACAAAAAUCGACAAGGCACAACCAUAGAGCCCUUUACCAAAAAAAAGGCAAAGAAAAGCCGAAGCAACAUCAGGCAAACGCAAUGAACACGCGGCGGCAGCCGAAGGAGGGGGCCGGCCCGGGGCGGAGCGCGCUGGCGGCCGCGUUCACCAGCAACACGAAGGGUGGGGCAAUGAUAAUGAAAAGCGUUUCCAUCUUUCUGGCCAGUGGCAGGCGAGCUUCGGCCCAGUCGAGAGAUCCGGCCGGGAGCAGCAACGGUACCGCAGCGCAGCCGACCGGCGGUUCGCAGCAGGCGAAGGAGCACCAGGGCGCAGCAGCCGGCACCGGGCGGACGACGAUCUCGCGCGACAACCGACGCAUCCUCGCCAGGAUGGAUGAGCUGAACGGCAAGCUCAACCCGAAGAUGCUGGAGAUGUACAAGCGGCGGACGCACUUUUCCAAGGUGGAGGUGGAGGCACUGUGCAAGAU